CUGUGCGCCUGUGUUCACACAUGUUAAUAAUUUUUAAUUAGUUAUAAUUAAGUAAAUAAUAAAGAAUAAUUAAAAUUACAAGCAUAUCGAUAAAUUUAUUUUGGAAUACUAUUUAGUACCAAAUAAUAUUUUACCGUCUUUCUACUUAAAUCAAUCAUGUAAAUUUUCAAUUUAACAUUUAUAGUACCUUCUUUUUGCUAUUCAUAAUUUAUAACACCCAAAUUUCUUAUCAACAAUAAAUAGUGUAAUUGUUUUCGUUUUCUUCUUUCAAAAUGCAUAAUAUAUUUAUAUUGAAUGUCACCAUGCUUGCGAUGGGAAGAUUUCAGAAUCGAGAUCCCCAAUUUCGUUCGUUUCCCUUCCCUAUCCUAGGGUUCUCGUUCUCGUUUUCGGCCAUGGAUGCCCAGCAGCUCGCGCCUCUGCCUUUGGAUGCUAGUCCCGAACUUUCAAGCGAAGGCUCCACCCCACCCCCGGCUCCGGCUCGAGCGAAACUGGGCUUGAAUCGGUGCCAAAGAAGCAAAAGGUCGAAGAAGCCAGUGGCGGCAGCAGCGACGAGGUCGCCGAUGGUGUUAGGUGACCUAAUUCGCCUCCCCACCCUCAACGUUCCCGCUCCAAGUCGCCAAAAUGAGAUUUACGGGGAGUUCACAGAAAUUUUCAGAAGGUAAAGAUAACGCUAUCAAGUCAGGGGGGGGGGGGGGGGGGGGGGGGGGAAAUUGACUGUGCGGGCCAAUGGAAACUCUAUAAGGGCACUGAUACGCAUUGACUGUGCUUGUUGGAACAAGAAAUCAAGGAAAAUUUGAAGAUGUCAGCUGUCGAGGGAGAUCAAGGAAUACAACCCAUAUGAAUUGGAUCAAAACCAGUAAAUUGACAUCUGUAUUCAGUUGAUGACAGAAGUGAAUAACAUGCAACUACUCAAAACUCACCAUGGAUGAGAUCUCAAGAUCAUCGAUCAAUUGAACAAAGAUUUCCACAAUUUCAAAUUAAAUCAAAAGAAACUAAUGAAACUCACCAUUUCAAAUAUCAUCGAUGAAACAUUUGGGCCGUCGUUGUGGUCAAGAAUUAGUAAACUUGGAGAGUGAAUAUGGGUAAUAGAAAGCGAAGCAGAAACAGAGUAGCAAAUAGACAGAGAGGUUGAGUGACUGCCUGGGGUGCUGGGGGCUUCAGAUGAUAAGGGAAAGAGAAAGAAUAAAGGAAUGUAAUAAAGUGCCCUAGAACUAUUUAUUGUUGAUAAGAAAUUUAGGUGUUUUAAAUUAUGGAUAGCAAAAAGAAGGAACUAUAAAUGUUAAAUUGAAAAUUUACAUGAUUGAUUUAAGCAGAAAGACAGCAAAAUAUUAUUUGGGACUAAAUAGUAUUCUGAAAUAAAUUUAUAUGUAUGCUUGUAAUUUUUAUUAUUCUUAAUUAUUUACUUAAUUAUAACUAAUUAAAAAUUAUUAACAAGUGUGAACACAGGCGCACAACGUACGACGAUCGUAUGUUACCCUAAAUCAUAUAUAUAUAUAUAUUUUGUUUGAUGUAGGUUUGGGAUAGUUUAUAAUUAUUAUGUUUAUGAGUAUUAUAAUUAGGAAUAAUUGAGAGGGAGGCCGACUAGAAGGAGAAGGAAAGAGAUAACAAUUAUUAGGUGGUCAAAUAAGGGACGAGUAGUAUGAGCAAGGUUGUCUACUCGGUUUAGCCCGUUAGUCCGGUUGAGCAAGUGGGUUGAGGGUUAAUGUCCAACUGUUUUAGUCCGUUUUAGUCCGGAUAAAUGAAUAAGUCAUUAUAUUGUUCAUACAUUUAUAAAUUAUAUCAAAUCUCAUAUAACAUAUGAGCAAUAACAUAUAAAAUUACACCAAAAUAACAAGUCGCAUGUGAAUGCAACAUAUAGUGAAAAUUAACACAAACUUAUACACACUUAUGUGACAUCAAUAUUCAAAUGUUAAAUUUAGAAUUCAAAAAAUAGGGUUAAGCGAAGAGGAAAAUCGAAAAAUAGGAGCAUUUCGCAAACCAAAUGGAAAAAGGACAACGUAUGACCUACAACCCGACAACCUUACAGUGGGUUGACCCAGCAGGGUUACGACCCAUUUUUCUCAGUGGGUUAGGUCAAAAUGGGUCAAUCAGUGACCGACCCGCGGGUUGACAACCUUGAGUAUGAGAGUUUUGGGUGGAAUAUGAUACAUUUAAAUAGGUUAUUAAAGGUGUUGUAUAGAUUUAUAAGUAUAUAGUACGGGAGCCAUUAUAUGGAUAAAAAUGAAAUGAUUUGACAUUAAUACGAAAAUAAAAUAUUUAAAUACAUAAAAUAAAUACGUCAAUAUAUAUAUAAAAUUAAGGUUCAGACUAACGUACAUUAGUACAAAUAAAGGUCCGAGAUGGAACGAGUUAGUGAUGAAAAAAAAUUAGCUGUCAAUUGAGGCGUUUUCCAAUUUUGAUUAUUUGCUCAAGAAAAAUGUUUUUAUUUCUUGACGAGGGAAAUUUUAAAAAUAACAAAAAAAAAAGUUUUCA